GCAGAGGUGGUCGACAGUCGUCACUCCGCGUUAUAUCGCAGACGCAUCUCGGCGGUGUUCAGUCGUGCUGCGUCCGCUCUCCAGUUUGUUCCAGUACUGAAUCCGAAUGCCGACGUUUUCGCGCCUAAAAUAUUCGCGUAAAUAGUGUUAGAAUUGAUAAAUCACGAAUUCUACUUUGUGAUGCGUUACUUUGUGUUUUAUGUUUGUAUUAUUUUCUUUGUGUUUUUACCAACUUCAUCGAAGGCGAUACGAUGGUUAGCUCUGCACGAGAGUCAAGGUAAUUGGACGGAAAAUGACUGCUUGGAGUCGCGGCGCAGCGGAGUACUAUGGAGCGAACAAAGCCGCGCAUGCCGCCGCCAUCACUCUGCCAUGCCCCACGUGGCUGCAGCCGCACGACUUGCCAGGUCUGCCUGCCUCGCGGCUCACGCUGGGGAAAGAUGGAACUGCUCAUCCAUUGAACUCGCACCUAAGUUUACCCCUGACUUACUAACAGGUACUCGCGAGCAGGCCUACGUGUAUGCGAUGUCAGCAGCUGCCUUGGCUUGGUCCUUGGCCAGGGCCUGCGCUGCGGGCUCUUUACCUGCCUGUUCCUGUGCAUCUCCGCCACGGGCUCCACCCCGCCCACCGAGACAAGCACAACUGUCUCCCGCUGAACCGUACGCUAGAUUUAAAUGGGGCGGUUGCGGUGAUAACUUCCAAUGGGCUGAGAGAUUUUCUAAGCAAUUUCUUGAUAUGCACGAGAUAGACGUGCGAGAUGGAAAAAUCGAAGACUUUUUUGAAACGGAAACUACAACAGAAUUGCCAACUACAACUACAUUUGAGACGACAACAAUACCGCCGAUAGUGAUAUUGGUGGAUGAUCAGCCAGCUGCUGAAAACACUACUGAAUCUGCGAAAGUUAGAAGAAAGGGUCGACGAGGACGGAAGCGCCUCCCACGCUCUCCCCGACGUGGCAGACCCACACGGAAACGGUUCAGACCAAGACCAAGAUACGAAUUUGAAGACAGAGGUUCCAGAUAUCGAAACAUCGAAUAUCGGAUGGCAGCUGACGACCCCCGCUUUGACCCGCAAGUAGAUUUAAGGACUCGACUUGAAAGGCUACGUCCCCUAAUCGCCGCAGCGAAUUUGAUAAAUGGAAGAUUCGGACGGAAAGCCGUAUCUAGCGGCAUGCGUACCAAGUGUACAUGUCACGGCGUGUCGGGGUCGUGUUCGGUGCGCACGUGCUGGCGCGCCCUGCCGCCGCUGUCGCGUGUGGCGGCCGCGCUGGCGGGCGAAGCGGCACGUGCUGGCCCGCUGCGCCCGCGCCGUCACGCCGCGCGUCACGCCAAGCCGCGCCUGCGCUACGUCACGCCCAGCCCCGACUACUGCGAGCCCGACUCAGCCGCUGGCUCGUUGGGCACGCAUGGCAGGUCUUGUAACGCUUCGCUGGGCAGUGCGGCGGGGGGGUGCGGGCGUCUGUGUUGCGGGCGGGGGAGGCGGGCGGUGCGGGGGACGCGCCUGGAGCGCUGCCACUGUCGGUACCACUGGUGCUGCCGAGUCGACUGUCAGCUAUGUCGCAUCACUAGCGAAGAACACUAUUGCAACUGAACUGUUGUCGCAACUAUGCAUCUAGAGUUUUCUCAUUUAGCUCAGCGCCUGUUCAAUAAGUUUCUUGGACGUUUGCGUCAAAAUAAAGAGAUUUACAUCAAUUUGAAUGACUUCAUUUUGUUCUUUGUAACAUUGACGUGCACAGUGCAAAAUCAAAGCGCGCCGGAAACAUACCGAACAGGCACGUAAAGUUUGCGUCCUUUCUUAACAGCUAUCAUCUAAAUUUGUUAAAUAUUUAAUUGUUGUGUAAUUGAUUUCAUAAAAACUUAACUGCCAAAGAUUAUUUAAAAAUACGAUAUAGUUACUUCAGUGCGUCACAUAGGGAAUCGGUGACCUACGUGGCAAUCAACAUUUAGAUACCACUACGAGCUGACGGUAUCUCGUUCCAUAAAGUACGUUACUAGUCAACAUGCGCACAGAUGUAAAUAUUUACUUAUAUUUGUAGAGGAAUUUAGGUUUCAUUAAAAUAAAAAACUUGAUUUAUAUCUACCUCAUAAUUUGCCAUUCUUAGUAAGUCUAGAAAUUAAUUUUAAUUAGUUAUUUAAAUUAAAUCUAGAUCUUUCUACAUAUCGAUAUAAUUUCCUUAAAAAUAAACUUAAUUUUAAAAGUUCCCUGCGAGGGAGUAUUUACUUGCCUGCUUGUAGUAAAAGGUUAGUAGAACAUCUAUAAAUUCAGUUAUCGUCGAAUUAAUUUUCUAGGAUUCAUCUGAUAAUCUGCUUCUUGGAUGAAUAACGAAGAAUACUCGUAAACUUACUUUUAUUGGGUUUAGCAAUUCAAAAUAAAAUAAAAAUUAACAGGGAUUUCUGGCGGGAACGCGAGGAGCGAAGUUGUGUGAAUUGCAUUAUUUUGUUAACUUAGUUCUCCAGUUUUAAAUGUGUAAUUCAAUGGUUUGCAUUGUGCAAAAUUGCACAAAUGUGAGAGAAUAUAACAACGCCGCUGGGCGUGGCUUCUCGGGUUCUUCCAAAAAGUCCACUGAAAAAGUCGUAGUAAAUAUGAAUCAUUUACAGAGUCUUUGUUUCAUUCACUGGUGGUAGGACCUCUUGGGAGUCCGCACGGGUAGGUACCACCACCCCACCUAUUUCCGCCGUGAAGCAGUAAUGCGUUUCGGUCCGAAGGGUGGGGUAGCCGUUGUAACUAUACUGAGACCUUAGAACUUAUAUCUCCCAUCAUCCCAAUUAUUCAAAGACUUAAAUUAAUAAUCUUCAGGUCGUUUCGCUUCGUAAAUUUUUCAUGUAAUUGAAUAUUGUUAUUUUUUACGUACUCUUUACGUAGAAAUUAUAUUUAAGCUAGGCUGUAAGGUCUUGUAGCUGUUGGGCAUAAAUAAAUUAUAAAAAAAAAUUAAUUAUUACUUUUAGAAAACUUUUAAAAAAUACUUUAGAAAUUAGACUUUUGAUCAAUUGGGUUCAAGCUUACCUUCAGUUUGGAACCUUUUAGAAUUUGUGUAUUCUUUUCCCGAAAGAUGUAUUGUUUUAAAUUUUUCUUAAAUCUUGACAAUAAGAUAAUGCUUAAAAUGUAUGUAUAGCAACCCAAGCCUAGGCAACACAAAAUAUGUUACAAAUACUGAAAAAAUAGUAUAUAAAUUUAUAGCUAUAAUGUGAACAAGCUUUUCGUAAAAUUCCUGUAACGAGAUUACACUAUUAAUUAUUAUGAAAAAACAUCUUAAUCUCUUAGAACGUGGACGAAUGUACACAGACUUACCUCUAUAAAUAAUUACUUAAAUGAAAUAGCAUAAAUUAACUAAAUUCUCAGAAAGUGAUAGUAGUCUUUUUAUCGCCCCGUAGAAACACCGACUUGUCAUCUCCUUUAAAUGUAAGACUAUACCAAAUUUGUUGGAGACGUAAAUUCUACAACCCUACCCUAUAACCUAAUUUAUAUUGACUUUAUGUUUAAGGAAUCCAUAUUAUCGUACCGUAGAUUGGGGGGAACCGGGACUCUUUCCAAAUCCGACACAAAUGUUCAAUGGUUUUUCUUAGAGAAAUACCAAUAAAAUUCAGAUUUAUAUGGUUCCGGAGGCUAAAAUGUUUCUAUACGAUGCGUUUAUUACACAUAGUUCAUUACAAAAUAUACACAAAAACUGAAAAAAGCUAGCUUGACCCGAUUCACCUUGGCUUUGGGGUGAAUCAGGUUACGAAUAGGGACAAUCAUUUUUCGAUAGGGCUGGCACUAUUUAGUUGUAGGUACUUAACUUUAGGUAAUUAACUUUUUAAUAUCUUUAGUGAGUUACAAAACUUUGAUGACUAAAUUAAAUUAUUUAAUAUUCUUAAACAUUAAAUAAAAGUCAUUUUCAGUUCAUCAAAGUUAAAUCUAACAACUCAACAAACGUAUUGUGACAUCCAAGAUUUGUCCCUAUUCUAACUUUAGUCUCUAUUCCCCCCAAUCUACUGUAUUCUGAUUAACUACCGCUACCACUGAUAUCAAAUAGACCACCUGAAAUUUACUCAAAGAAAUAAUAUUUUAAUUAUACGAUCGUGAUCAGUACGAGAUUAAAGAUAAAACUUGGAUCCUAUCAAAAAUCUUAAUUAACCGUGUACAUAUUUUUGAAUGUGUCGUAGUAUUGUAUGAAAAUAAUAUGUAAUAGCGAGUGAAAGUGUUUUAAAUUAAAUAAGUCUGUUUGUUAAAAAUAACUUUGUCGUGAUAACACGUGUAGUUCUUUCUUUCAUGUAGCUAUUAGGUGUUCAUCUAAAGUAGUUUUUAGACUAUAUGUACUGUAAAUAAAUUCUUAAUUGGAAA